GGGCGGCGGGCUGCGGCCGGGGAUGGUCCAGCGGGCGCGAGGGCCCCCGCCAUGCAGCUGGCCGAACUCCAGUUCGCCCAGCGGCUGGCGUCCCACGAGAAGGGCAUCCGGGACCGGGCGGUGAAGAAGCUGCGCCAGUACAUCAGCGUGAAGACGCAGAGGGAGACAGGAGGUUUCAGUCAAGAAGAACUUCUAAAAAUAUGGAAAGGGCUCUUCUAUUGCAUGUGGGUGCAGGAUGAACCCCUCCUACAGGAGGAGCUAGCGAACACUAUUUCCCAGCUCGUCCACGUUGUUAACAACUCAGAGGCCCAACACCUGUUCAUUCAGACCUUUUGGCAAACCAUGAAUCGAGAGUGGAAGGGGAUAGACCGGCUGCGCCUGGGCAAAUACUAUAUGCUGAUCCGUUUGGUCCUGAGGCAGUCCUUUGAAGUUCUGAAGCGACAUGGCUGGGAAGAAAGCCGAAUCAAGCUUUUCCUCGAUGUCUUGAUGAAAGAAAUCCUGCAUCCUGAGAGCCAGUCUCCAAAUGGAGUGAAAUUCCACUUCAUCGAUAUUUAUCUGGAUGAACUGUCCAAAGUGGGAGGGAAAGAGCUUUUGGCAGAUCAGAAUCUCAAGUUUAUUGAUCCAUUCUGCAAAAUUGCUGCCAAGACUAAGGACCAGACGUUGGUGCAGACUAUAGCGAGGGGUGUUCUUGAAGUCAUCGUAGACCAGUCUCCUUUCGGACCCGAAGAGACCCUCGAGGAACGGAAAACUCAAGUGGGUGAGAGCGAGUUUUCCGAAGAAGAGAUGCCUGAAAACGAGGCGGCGUGGAGAAGGCCAGCCAGUAAAAAGAAGCCGGCGCUGGGCAAGCAGCACUCCAGAAAGGACGGGGUCCACGACAACGGAGAGAGAGGCGGUGGGCGCCUAGAGGACGCUGGGCCCCUGCUCCAGUUCGACUACAAGGCUGUUGCUGACCGACUCCUGGAAAUCACCAACAAGAAGAACAUCCCUCCCUUCAACAGGAAGCGUCUCUCCAAACUCAUCAAAAAAUUCCAGGAUCUCUCCGAAGCAGGCAGUCUGUCUCAGCUCAGUUUUGCGGAGGAGGCUUCUGCUGACGAGGACGAGCAAGCCCUCAGCCGAGGGAAGCAUAAGAAGAAAGGGAAUAAACUAGAGAAGACGGAGCUGGAGAAAGAGACAGGAAACAGGUUCGCUCUUGCGGAGGAAGAGGAGAGCGACGCCAGCGUUCAGAAGAGGAAACGGAAGAGGAAGAAGAACCACCUGCAGCCUGAGCGUGUGCGGUCGGGGGCCGAAGCCGGGCCCCCGCAGCAGAACGGGGCUGCCGAGCCCGGAGCAGGCAGGGCCCCCACGCCGGAGCGCGGCCCCGCGCACAGCCGGAGGAAACGGCCCCGCAGGAGGAGCCCCAGGGCGCGGGACGGGAGCGGCGGCCGCGCCACCACCGCCCCUGGAGGACGUGCGCCCGGGGACACCUGCCCCGCGCGCUCUCCCGCAGCCAGCGGCGCCCCCGUCCCGAAGCGGAAGCGGAAGCUCGGGGCCCUUCCGGUGAACGGCAGCGGCCCCCCCACGCUGGCCUGGCCCCCGCCCCUGGGCCCGGGCGGGAGGCUGAAGAGAAGGAAGGGGGAGCCCGGCAGCCCGAGCGCGUCCAGCCAGAAAGCCGCCCUCUUGAAGAAGAGGAAGAGGACGAAGGAGGCGCCGCUGGGCCGGGCUCUGGAAGGCGGGGACGCUUUCAGCCCUUCGAAGAAGCAGCAGCUGAGGCCAGAGAAUGACUUUGUGAAGUUUGACACCCCCUUCUUACCAAAGCCACUGUUCUUCAGAAGAGCCAAGAGCAGUGCCCCUGCCGCCUCUGCGCCCCGUGCCGUGCAGCGAGACAAGACGCCAUCCAGCUCCAAAAAAGUCACCUUCGGGCUGAACAGAAACAUGACCGCGGAAUUCAAGAAGACGGACAAGAGUAUCCUGGUCAGUCCCACGGGCCCCUCCCGGGUGGCCUUCAACCCCGAGCAGAGGCCCCUCCAUGGAGUGCUAAAGACGCCCACGAGCUCGCCUACCAGCAGCCCCCUGGGGACCAAGAAGCUGCUGACCGCCACGCCGAAGAGAAGGCCGACGGCUGCGGACUUCUUCUAGAGUAGCAGCAGGGUCCUUUUAAAGACUGUGUGUACAAAUAUUCUAUAAAUUAUAACUUUAAGAAGGUGGGGCCUUUUUUAUUGUUUUAUAAAUCCCAUAAAUUGUAUAAACAAGGUCUGAGCGGGAGCUGCUGCUUUUCCAUCCCUUCUCUGGGGGCUGUGGGCAUCUUGCUGAAGGUUUUGCUACAAACGCCGUUGGUGCAUGAGCUGUCCGGGGCCUCGUGUUUGCGGGUGACUUUUGUGACCCCCACCAAGGUGGGAGCCGAGCGCAGUGACCAUCCGUCACGUGGCCUGACGCUGUCGGCGCCGUGAGCCGGCCUCGCCCGCAGACGGCAGAGCUCGGGCGCUCAGCACUGCGCAGGCCGUGCCAAACUGGCUUCCGGUGGCUUUCGGUCUUCGCCAAGCACGCAGGGCCUUCCUCCCCUGUUCCCCGGGUGCCUGGCAGUUUGUGCCGGGGAGAUGUGUGUAACCGGAUCAGCAAUACAGUGGUAGCUUCUCUCCCCUGGGCCUGCAGGAGGGGCGGGGAGAGAAGAGCCUCCACCCUCCGGACGCCUCUUUCCUCCCCUGGGCCUUGUUUCAUUCCCGUGUUCCUACCUCUCAGGCCAGCCCAAAGUGUCUUGACCGGUGAGCGCCACUCGGCUCUCACCCGAGACUGUGAGCACGCUCCUUCCUCCGGGUCCUGUGCUCCGGUUGCGCUUCUUACCUGCAUGUAAGCCUUUGAGCCAGCCGAAGAGACUGGCUUUCCCGGAAGCAGCUUUCCCGGCUCGGACGGAAAUCCCUGUCCUCAGAGGAGUGGCGGCAGCGUUGGAAAGGCUGAGCCCUGCUGGAAGGCGGAGCUCGGCAGCCUUCAGGAAUUGUUCGCGCGCACGUACGUGUUUGUCCGUAGCUACCUUUAUCUGAAGUACUGACGCUUGCACUCGAGAUUUUUACAGACCUCCGACCUCAGUUCAUUACAGAUGUGCGUGGCAGGCUCUCCGACUUCCGCUGGGGGAGCAGGGACGGACUGUGGGGAAGCCGCAUCCGUCCCUCGAGCCUGAGUGACCGCUGCAAGGCAGAUUCAGAAAUCAGGUGGUCACCUAAGGAGAGCCACUGGCCCCCAGCUCCUGUUUGAGUUUACGAAGUAACUAAUCACCUCAAGAAGAGGUACGAAACUCGGGGGUCUGUCGUUUGGGCACCGGGGUGCUCAGUGCUGCCCCUGGUCCGCUCUCUGCUCAGGGGACUUCGGGCCUCCUGGGAGUGAAAGCUGCCUCCCCCUUCCUGCCUCUGCCCCACGCAGGCCCCCAGCGUUGCCUCUGGGACCGACCAUUGCUUCGUGUGACAAGGGAGGUCCACUGGGAUGGCAGGGCUGUGUUGAUGUGACUUCGGUUUCUUAAUCACGUCAUCAGGGUGGGGCUCUGCAAAUACGUUGCCAUGAGGUCAGGCAGGCCCGGCCGGUGCAGGGUGGGGACCGGCUGAGAAGGAAGUAUGAACCUUGUCCUUUGCCUGCUCUGUAAUAAAGUUUUGUCCUAAUUAAUCCAUGAGAUAAGACAUAAUUCACAUUGAGCUGUCAGAUAGACCCUGUAACGAGAAGUCUUAGGUCCGAGAUGCCGUGGUGGUGUUUCCAUGGGGCUUUCGUGCUCCAUUCGGUAAAAUGCUUAAAACCACUUUCAAAACCAAAUCUGAUCAUGGGAGAAGAUUAGAUUGGAAUAUUCCAAUACUUUUAACUUUUUGUUUAAAAAAAAGUGUUUCAUUAUCCUUGGCCAUAUUAUUUUUCUAACGGUUUUUAUUUUAGCUUUAAAGAUGGGCCAUGCAGUCCAGCGGGCUUGAGAUAUUUUAGCAAAAGACAUCCGAGGGCACGGGCGGGUGGAUGCAGGGACCUCCCUUCACACACACACACACACACACACACACACACACACACACACUCACGGCGCCCGUCUGCUGCUCAGACGCCCAGCCGAGCGUCCAGGAGAAGCACCUGCUGGCAAGGCUGCGCCUCCGGAUUCGGGUCCAGGAGUGACCACGGUUCCCUCCCUCCUUCUCUAAAUCUGUCCUAACUUACUCCAUUUUGCGGGUAAGUUCAGUGGGUUUACUGUGGCUUAUUUUUAAUGCCUAAAUUUUGGCAAAAAAGGCAGAAAACUUUUUUUUUAAUUCUCAUUACACAACAAGAAUGUGUUGCGCAAAGAAAAUGUAUUUAGAAUACUGGUUUUCUAUUCGGCGCAUGUUAUGUUCCUAGGCAAAGUUGCUAAGGGGACUUGGAAGUGCAGAACUGGAAAUCCUUUACAUUAAUGCUGGUGAUCUUACAGUAUUUUGUAGAAUGGUCAUCUUCCCCCCGACCCCGUGUGUCUGGUUGGUUUUGUACAAUUUGGUACUACACUUUAUAAAUGCAUAAACCUUUCUAACUCCCUAUUUACCUGAAAGCACAAAGGAGGGUCAGGGAAAUCGGGAAGUGCUUGUUAGUUUUGGAAAGGACAUGAAAAGGAACCUGUCUUUUGAUCUGUGUGUUUUCUCUACAUUUCCCUGACUCCGCUGGCAAGAACCGUGUGUUUACGAUCAGUCUGUACUCCUGUCUACAGAGUGUGUCCGUUGCAUCAAAGCCAAGUCCAAUAAACAAAACCUGUCUUUGCA